CACAUUAACGGUAGACACGACAGUUUGAUCCCUAGUUCAUUCACAAAGCUGACUCUUGAAAACUGCAUUCUACAGUAUCUAAGUUACUCUCUUAAGUACAGUACGACAAACAAACCUGCAAUUGGCCGAACAGGGUUUUAAAACGUCACUCUAAAGCAUCAAUUAGGAAGUCAAUUCGUGCUUGUUUAGGAAGUUUUAAUUUUUGAUAAAAAGGUGUUAAAGAUGUUUGAUCUGUGUGAGCGCUGUGACGAAGACAAGUUCUGAUCUAAAAGUAAGUUAAAGGCCUGGAACAGCCUGACACAGAAGAAAAGAGGAUUACUUCAUUAAGGUACUUCAUUAACCUUGAAGAAGAUCAUAGGAAGUAAUGGCACGUCCUGCGCAACGCGGCUAUGCAAUGCAUGCCACAACAGCCGUGUUGUGUUUUAGCUUUCUUGUGUUUACACUCGGCGCUCAACCCAGAAAGGAUUGCACCGUUUCGCGCGUAUAUGUCAGCUACUCCAUCAGAUCCAAUGGAAACCAAACCACAGACACGAUCGCCAUCUUGACCAAGGAGCUUCAAGCUAUGGAGAACAAAACUGGAUUUUGCGGCGCGAAUGAGAGCAUAUUCGAAAGCAAAAACACCAUCGAAUUGAAUACAAGUAUCGCCAACUUUGACGAACUUGUAAAGGAACUAGAAAAAGCCCUUAAAGUAGGAUUCAACACUAGCGUGGAUCUGCUACCACGCCUUUUUAUUUUCUCCUCAGAGAUAACUUCAAGCAAUACAUCUGAUGAUCUGUUGGCAUCUGCAAAGCAUCUUAUAGGGAGUACCCAAGGGGUCGGUGCUGUCACCCUGGAGUCAACUAAUAACUCACGAGUGGAUUUGGGGAUCUGGAGGCAAUUCUCGGGAGCGAUAUUUCCCUCAGUGGCUCUCUCGUUUCUCUCCGAACCGGCUAAGAACGGAUCCAUCGGAAACAUCUCUGUUGAGCCAAGCUCUGUUGCCAUGUAUAUCUACUCGCCUAAGCCGGCAGUUGACGUUUACGAUGUUAUAUUUGACUUUUAUGUUUCCAGUUGUUUUAACGUGUCCGAUACGUCACUUCCUGAGUACACGUCUGUUAUUCGAAACAUUGAAGAGUACUUUGGAAACUUAACAGCAUCAGUAAAUAUCCUGGAAGUUGAUUUGACUAAGUGUCAAGUGCCACAGAGUGUAGCCUUUACCGUUGAAAACAAGAUACAAGUGUCUGUUCGACUAAAUAUGACAUCGCUGUAUCAAGACCCUAGCAAACUUACUGCUCUUCUAAGCUGUAACUUCAAUGACCUUAAGAUUGAUAACAUGGAAGUGAUUCUUCUCACUCCAACAUCUAUGGCGGCGUCGAUGGCUACAAGCUCAAAGAAAGUGUGUCCUUCUUCGGCGCCUACUACUACCACCAAUCCCACUCCGUCUGUCACAAACGGAAAUAGCCCUAUCCCCAGUGGGACGCCGACCCAAGGCGUGGUCCUACCAGUGGGACGAACCCCGAGGAUAUUUUUGCGGCUACGACUCGCUCUAACGUGGAGCCAGUUCUGUGGUAAACUCGAGGACUCUUUAAAGCACCAGAUUGCAAAGAAUGUAGCAGAUAAGAAGAACAACCCUAUUUCCGCCUCCAGGAUAGUGUAUAUCAAUACGCAGAGGGACUGCGCGGACUACGCCAAGAGCAACCAGCAGGUCGACUUGUGGUGGUACGUGCGAAACAGAACCCACCCUGCCAGGCCCUCGCGGUGCGUGACACUCAAUGCGUAUCGUACGCUAAAGACCAUCAUUGAUAACGGUAACACAAGACUCCUGGGCACAGACUUCGAAGGAAAGGUCAUCAAAGUGGAGCUAGCAGGUUGUGAUUCCGGUCAGUUCAUCACGAAGUCCUCCAUGCCUGACUCGACCCUAAUUAUCAUACUGGUGUCGGUGGCUGUCGGCGUCAUUCUCCUCGUGUUGGCUUGCUGUUGUCUUUGUUGUGGCGCUAGACGGCGAAGGAGAAGACGGUCUAAGGAGUCAGGAGGCAACUUGGAGCUAGUUUAUGUCGAUGGUGGAGAAACCGAUGCCGGGAAAGGAGCAAAGAAAAACAAAAAGAAAAAGAAAGAUCAAAAGAAGAAAGGUGGCGACGGUGGUGAUAAGGAAGACAAGAAAAAACGUGGGAAGAGCGGUGAGAAAAAGGAUGAAGAUCAGAAAGAAGACGCGGAUGGUGAUGGAAAGAAAGGAAAAGAUAAUGACGGAUACGAAGACAUAAACUCUAACCUGGAAAAAGCCAAAGAAGCCCCACCCACCGAGGAAGUUAAAAGCUACGAAAAUGCCGCGUACGGACUGGGGGAUAGAAAACCCAGCGCCUCGUAUGCCGAGCUGAGCGGAGGGACUGGUAACGAAUAUGGGCAAAUCCACCGUUCAGGGACUGGGUCUAGUGAGAACAAUUACGAGCCGAUUGGCGCUGGUUUGACUGGGGUCGCAGUGGCUGCUGGUACUGCUGCUGUGAACGCAAAGAAGCACAGUCCACCUGAAAGCCCUGCACCAGCAAUAGUCACCAGUCCCGCGCAGGAUACUGCAACCGCGUCUAAUACAGGAAGGCUGGGCAGCACUUCCGGCACACCUGACACACGGCGUGGAUCUGCUAUCUUCGGGGGAGGGGGAGGAGAAGGGUCCCCUGGGUCUCGCCGUGGCUCGUCCAAUCUAAGAGACAUUGAUGACGAGCAGUUGAGGGAGAGGCGCCGGUCAUCCAUCCACUGGCUUGAGGACGAGGCAGAACCACUCAAGCACAAGACCGCGACAGUGGGAAUCGUGGGGCUGGCACUCAGGAACAAGAACGAGAAGAAGAAGGAAACGGAAUUCAAGAAUCUGGACAAAGAUAUGCCAGGACCUGACGCUUUCCCUCCGAACACUGCCAGCAAAAACAGGAACCCAGAGAUUCUACCGCAUCCCCGCACCCGAGUGAAGCUCAACGCAACUCCGGAUUACAUCAACGCAAACUAUCUUUAUGACCAUAAGGGUCAGCGGCGUUACAUUGCUACCCAGCAUCCUAUGCGAGAGACGAUGGCAGAUUUUUGGCAGAUGGUCUGGGAGACUGGAUCUGGUCACAUCGUGAUGGUCAACGAUGAUCAAAAGAACAAAGAGGCUGAUUAUCCAUUUUACUGGCCGACCACGGAGAGUGGAACGGGAAAAUAUGGAUCAAUGAGCGUUACAACCAAGACGAUCACAACUAAACCCGACUAUACCAUCACCGCCUUGAUUCUCACCAAUAAUACGACAGCACCGCCGUCCACACGAGAGAUAUCGCAUUACCAGUUCACGUCGUGGAAGGAGAAGACCACGCCAAACGUGGCGCUCUUCGUGGGCUUUGUGGUGGCCUCGCGUGAGGUCAGCAAGAAGUACGAGCAGGAAAAAGACGCGCCGGUCAUCGUGCACUGCAGCGAUGGUCAGGGCUUCACGGGCGUCUUCGUGGCUUUGGACAUCGGUGUUCGAAGCCACGAGGAAAGCAAGACCUCAGUCGUGGAUCUCUUCGAGGUCGCCAAGCGCCUACGUCAAGCUCGAUGCGGGAUCAUCAGCUCACUACCGCACUACAACUUUAUCUACCAGUGCUUGUACGAAUACACAGUUAACUAUGACGAAGAAGCCGAGAAGAAAUAAUCUGUGCGGAUCCAUCAGCAAAGAGCAGCAAAUCUGUCAUCACGGCCGAUAGGCAAUGUAUCAACAUAUUUUUCUUCUAUGAGGGAGAACUCUGUAAAGUCUUCUUUUUAUGUAGUGUGGUAGGAAGUAUAGUUGGGGAAGCUAAACUAUCUUAUUAACUAAAUAUUGGCUAUUCUUAUGAGGAAAGUUUUAUUGUAUUUUGCAUUUUACACCAAACUAGCUUCUUUUCUUUUCUUUUUUUUUUUUUGGGGGGGGGGGGGGAGAGGGGGGUUAUGUUCCUACUCCCCCUUCCCCUGUCAGUACAAACAUAUAGGGGAACCCCCUGUCAAGUAUUCAUUUUAGAAGAUCACGUAUACAAGGUCCCUUGAUUGAUGUUUUUAUUUUAUUUUGUAGCUUAUGUGUUAUGUUAAAGAUCUUUCGAAACUUUGGAGCCUAUAGGAGAAGGGGUAUGAAGGGGGGAAGGGGGCUGGGCUGGCGGGGUUUGGUGGCCUGUCAGGGGGGUAACGCAACUAUUUGAUAUCUGACGGUUAAAGCAGGUUUUAAUCAUUUGUUUUCUAUACUAUUAGCGUCCAGAUGGGAUGUUACAUUUUUCUUUGGAAUUUCGCUGUGCCCUCAAAGCAAGUUGUGCUGUUUCUUUUCAUUUUCUCAGGGGGAGGGGGUGGGUUGAAUUUCGUUACCGCGCUGUCAGAUAUAUAAAGGGUAUUGAAGAGAAGUGUAGAAGUCCGCUUGUAAUGCAUAACAAGAUUGGCUAGAUUACCUCAUUGUUCUGUUGUAUCCCCGUUCUUCGUCUGCACCAAUCUAUUGUGGUGAAAUCUUCUGAUAGUUUCUGCAUAACCCGUAUUGAAUGUCUGUCCCUUCCCCCCCCCCCCCCCCCCUACCCACAAGAGCAUUUGCCAUUUCCUAAUUGUAUUAACCUUUCCAACUUUAUUUAGAACAGUAUCACGAUAUUUUGCGUUUUCAAUUCCAUAAUGUUUUUGUAGCAAUAAGUAAUCAUUUUAAUAAAAGUUUGACAUUCUUA